ACGAAACAGCCUGUUACUCACGUGUCCAGUUGUCUUCUCAAAACGCCAUCCUAACGACCGAUACAAAAGGCUCUCCGACGGCAAAACGAAAUCAAAAUCAAACCAAUGUCUCGUCUCCCGAUUUUCAUCGCUGCUUGUCUCUUUCUCUACCACCUACCUUCUCCACUCGCCGAAUCAGAUUCGCCGACGGCGUAUUCUCUCCUCCAGAGCUACAACUUCCCCGUCGGAAUCCUUCCGAAAGGAGUCGUCGCCUACGAUUUAGACACAUCGACAGGCAAAUUCCACGCGUAUUUCAAAGACUCAUGCAGCUUCUCGCUCGUGGGUUCUUACCAGCUGAACUACAAAUCGACGAUCAGCGGUUACAUCUCCGAGAACAAGCUCACGAAACUGACUGGUAUCAAGGUGAAAGUUCUGUUCUUGUGGCUCAACAUCGUCGAGGUUAUCAGGAACGGGGACGAGAUGGAGUUUUCCGUCGGGAUCACGUCGGCGAAUUUCGGGAUCAAGGAGUUCUUGGCGUCGCCUCAGUGUGGCUGUGGCUUCGAGUGCAAGGAAUCGAAGAAAGAGACGUAUGACACAAGUUUACCUUCUGUUUCUUCUUCUUGAAAGGUAACUGGUUGGGGAUGAAUCAGGACAUGGUUCUUCAGAGACUUGCAUUGGUUUCUUUACUACAUCACACCAUUAUGUUGAAGAUCAAUGAGUUAAAUGCAUCAUUACCACUGAGUUAAUUGUAUUACUGCAGAGUCUAAUAGUAGGGAAU